GAAAUGCAUAUGCGCCCUUCUAUUUUAAGUUUACAAAAUAAGAGCAUAAGUUAAAAGUGAACACAAUGGCGCGCAUUACCUGGCGCACGAACUCCACACAGAGUCUAGUCUCCACAUUUCGCCUACGCUGGAGCUAUAUGAACCACUGCUGGCACUCGCUCACCUUCAAUGCGCACAUGAAUUCCAGCUAUGCCACCGACGUGUGCAUGACGCCGAUCUUCUGGGUUGUUGACAACUACACACACUGUUUGGGACCAUUCUUCGUUGUGGGCGUGGCUAUACUGACUACUGCCGUUGUGGGCAUCGCCUAUUGGAUUGGCCUGCCCUUUUGGUGGGCCAAGAGCCGAGUGGCAACAAUACUGCUGCUUAUCGUGGGCAACUGGCUGCUGCUAAACAUUAUUUUCCAUUAUGUGAUGGCUGUGAUAACGCCCGCUGGACAGCCACCAGAAGGUGUUAGCCAUGUGGAGGCCGUCAGCAUGUGUACCAAAUGCAUUUCCCCAAAGCCGCCGCGCACGCACCACUGUUCCGUGUGCAAUCGCUGCAUAUUGAAAAUGGAUCAUCAUUGUCCCUGGCUUAAUAACUGCGUGGGUUAUGCGAAUCAUCGCUACUUCUUUCUAUAUAUGCUGUACACCACGCUGGGCUGCCUGUUUCUUAUUGUGUGUGGCCUGGAGAUUGGCUACAAAUAUCUCUGGCUGGAUCACAGCGAGCACUGGACGGAAUUGGAACCGCUCGAGGGUCACCCAGUCAAAUUCAAUCUAAGCGGACAUGCCAUACUUGUUACGCAUCCGCAUGAGUACGAUGACAUCCUGUUGCCAGCAGCUGUGCAUCAUUUGCCCACGCCCAUGGCGGACACGCUGGCCGACUCCACGCCCACACGUCGACGCAUUUUAUGGUUUAUGGCCGUGACCAAUGUGGCUGUGGUGAUUGCCCUGGGCACCCUCUGCACCUGGCACGCCAAGCUCAUCACGCGCGGCGAGACCAGCGUGGAGGCGCAUAUUAAUGAGGCUGAACGCAAAAGAUUCUUACAACUGAAACGCAUUUACAUUAAUCCCUAUAAUUUUGGCACCAAAAAGAAUUGGAAACUAUUUCUGGGCCUUGUGCGUGGCAGAUCGUUUUGGCGCACCGUGUUGCUGCCCUCGUGGCACAGACCCGAAGGCAACGGUCUUAGUUUUCAUACUGUGCACGAUGCAAUCUUCGAGGAUGAGUGGCCAUAGUCCGUGUGCGGAGGAUUGCAGCUUUUGUGAUGUCAUCUUAGCGCAUUAGUUAAAUUAUUAGGCUUAAGUCAAGCAUUUCCAUUAGGGUGGCAUGCCAAGAAUAUUUAUUAGUCAUCUAUUAGUAUAAGCUAAGACUUGAUAUUUAGCGUUUCCAUAGAGAUUGUGAGCUAGAUAUGUCCUAUAUGUCCUAUCCAAAUAAACAGAAC